AUGCUCAAAUCCGUGGCCUUGUCUGCAGGCCUCAUCGCAGGCGCCAACGCCUUUUGGCGUAUGGAAUGUCCUGGCCGCGUUGCUCUUGCUCGAAUGGACCCAAUCGUCAACCCGAACGAAGCCUCUCCUCACGCACACACCAUCCAUGGAUCCAAUGGCUUCUCAGAAAGCGCGGACACUGCCGACCUACUUGCUGGCGAUUGCACUUCAUGCCGUGUCACUCAAGACAAGUCCGCCUACUGGACUCCCAGUAUCUACUUCCAAGACGCCAAAACUGGUGAAAUAGAAAUUGUUCCCCAAGUUGGUGGAAUGCUUGCGUACUAUCUCCUCUAUGGAGAUAACAUCACCGCCUUCCCAUCAGGAUUCCGAAUGCUUUCUGGAGACAACAAUAGACGAGCCUAUACGCUGGGAGACGCAAGGCACCCAGAUCCUGAUAGAUCACGAUGGGCUGCCCUGGGCCAGACCACGCAGGAAGAUUUGGCUCAACGCGCGAUUGGUUUCAAUUGUCUCAACUACGCUAAGGACGCCGAACCGACGUUGUUUCGACACUACCUUCCAUCAAAGGCCGAGUUGGACCGGAACUGUACUGACGGUGUCCGAUUCGAGAUCAUGUUCCCGUCUUGCUGGAAGGGUGGCAAUGCCAUUGACAGCGAGGACCACAAGAGCCACAUGGCUUUCCCUGACCAGGUCAUGACGGGUAACUGUCCUGAGGGGUAUUCGGUCCGAACGCCCAGCUUGCUCUUUGAGACCAUUUGGAACACGUAUGCCUUCAAGGGCCGUGACGGCCGCUUUGUCGUCUCUAAUGGCGACACUACUGGAUAUGGCUACCAUGGCGACUUCAUGACGGGUUGGCGUCCUGAAUUUCUCCAAAGUGCCAUCAACCAGUGCACCAACUCCUCCGGCCGUAUUCAGGAUUGCCCCCUCUUCAACGUUGUCGAAGAGGACAAGGAAAUCUCUUGUAAGAUCAAGAAGCCACUUUUGCAGGCAUUGAUUGCUGAGGAUGUGGUUGGGCCCAUGGCCAACCUGCCUGGAGGUAUCAAGGUUGGCCAGGUUACCGAGAUCCUCUGGGUGGAGAAGUGGGUCACGGUUACGGAUUACGGCAACUCGCCUGCUCCUACACCUGCCGGUGCUCACGACCAUCGACGUCGCCACAUGCGCCAUGGACAUGUCCAUGGCAAGUUUUGA